AUGGAGUGGUGUGUUGGGGUUUGUGUUAGUUUUGUUUGGUUGGGGGUGUUUUUGGGGGGGGAUGUGGUUUGGGGGUGUGUUGUUGUUGUGUGUUGUUGGGUUGGUGGUGGGUGUGUGGUUGGGGGUGGUUUUGGGGUGUGUGGGGUGGUGGGGGGGGUGGUGGUGGUUAUUGUUGAUGUUGGGGUGUUGAUUUGUUGGGUGGUAGUAAAUAGGGGUUGGGGGGUGGGGGGGUUGUGGUGGUGUUGUGAAUUUGUUGGGAUGGUUUUGUGUUGGGGGAAAUUGGGGGGGGUUGUGAUUUUUGGGGUUUGGGGUGUGUGGGUGGGGGGUUGUAAGUUUGGAUUUGGUUGUUGUUGGGUAUGUGGAUAG